AUGAACUCACCAACAAAUUACGAGGAUCCAACCUUCUUCAAAACGUCUUCAAACGUACUCCUUGUGGUCGGGACACCAUUUAAUAUAUUUACGCUAUGGAUUAUAAUAAAGACCCCGUCAGAGAAAGCGUCAUCAUAUCGUUGGCAUUUGGCUUGGUUUCAGUUCUGGGCGAUCCUCCAAGAGCUGAUUUUUCACGGAGUAUGUCCCGAAUUCUAUUUACCGACCUUGGCUGGUAGUAUGUUAGGCAUCUUAAACCUUAUUCAUCCAAGAGUGCUGCUGUGUUUCGGAGCCAUGUUCGUAGUGGGGAUGCUGGCAUCUACCCUCCAAUGUUUUUCCUAUCGUCAUCAGGUCCUGCUACCUCUUGAGAGUCGUCUCCGUCUCUCGAAACGUACAGUUGUCGGCAUUUCUCUGGUUCAUUACUUGGUACCAACAGUCUGGUUUAUGCUUGGAGCUCUAACGGCGCCAAUUGAAAAAGGACCUGAUUCUGAUAUUCUACGCGCUACUGUCCAGGAAGACCCUUCACUCUCCUACAUGUUUUCAUUGGAUACACUUUAUAUCAUAGACCGUAGACCAUUCAACUUCUUUAGUGGCGGUGAUCUCUUAUGGGAUACCUCUGGUAAGGUUAUCUUCCUCCUUUGGCAUUCCUAUACCUUACUCAACGACCAUCAUUCUACAAUGAGCAGGAAGACCAAGCGGAUGCAUCGCAAAUUUUUCCGGGUUUUGAUUAUUGGGAUAUCGAUCCCUCUCGCAACGUUGGGAGCACCAUAUGUUGCCGUUUUGCUCACCGUCUGGGCCCAGAUUUGGCUGCCACAAUGGUCGAUAAACCUAUUAACAGGUAUCCAAUCGGCACAUACUACAAUUACCUCCCUUACCUUGCUCACGGUUACUGCUUCGUAUCGUAAAUAUAUCCUCGGAAAAGUGAUUGGGUGCCUACACAGGAAAGUCGAGCUUGAGCCUAAA